CUCUGCUGCGGGGCAGGAGAGGAGCAGCUGUAGAGAGGCACCGCUGACACUGGACAAGCUGUUCUGAACCGGAGACACGCGACAUUGUUUAAUCAGUGAUUUGAUACAUGAAAUAACGCAUUUCGAGUCAGUUUAUGAAAAUAAUUUUCCUCUUCGUUUGACGCAUGCGUGGAAUUAUUAUCCAGCUGCUGUGAAAUGAUCGCUGGUCGCCGUGUCUAGCCGAUGACGCCGGGGACUCCGGUGGUGUGGAUUAUCGCUGAGCGAGUGGCCUCGCGGAGCCCGGAGGAGGCCUCGCUCCGCUGGAUGGAUGUGCGAGAAACGGCGCCGGCAGGCUCCGACAACCGACGACGACGGUGAUGAUGAUGCUGCUACUCGGCUUUCCUCCACAGUGGGCGAACUGAGCGUGGAUGUUCGGGCUGAAUCGCCCCUGACACUAACCAUUUUCCUCCCACGGCAGAAAAAUUCUCUUAAAGAAAAAAACUGGACGCCCCUGGAGCAGUUUAUGACGAACCGGGUAGGAGCGUGAUGAACGCGCGCUUCCGCUUGCCUGCUGGCAGAUCCUACAAUGUCCGGGCAACGGAGCUGGAGCGAGACAGGCAGCACACACAGGUUGUGUGCAACGUACUGCUGCUGGACAACACAAUCCAGUCAUUCAAAGUCAAUAAGUCAGAUCAUGGCCAGGUGUUGCUGGAUGUUGUGUUCAAGCACCUGGAGCUGACUGAGAGGGACUAUUUCGGCUUGCACUUGGCUGAUGACUCCUCUGAUUCACCGCGCUGGCUUGAUCCCAACAAACCCAUGAGGAAACAGUUAAAAAGAGGGUCUCCGCAUAACUUGAGCUUCAGAGUAAAAUUUUUUGUGACAGACCCCAGUAAGCUCCAGGAGGAAUACACACGGUACCAGUACUUCCUUCAGCUCAAGCAGGACAUAUUAACUGGAAGAUUGCCCUGUCCACACAACACAGCUGCACUGCUGGCGUCCUAUGCUGUUCAGUCUGAAUUGGGGGACUACAGUGAAACAGAGCAUGCCCCAGGCUACCUUUCUGAAUACUGCUUUAUUUCCAACCCUUCACAAGACUUCCAUAAAGAGGUUGCCAAGCAUCACCAGCAGCACAGUGGUCUAUCUCCUGCCCAGUCAGAGUUUAAUUAUCUAAACACAGCUCGCACGCUGGAACUCUACGGUGUAGAACUGCACUAUGCAAGGGACCAGAGAAACACAGAGAUUCUCAUUGGGGUGACGUCCGCUGGCAUAGUGGUUUACAAGAACCGGGUACGGAUCAACUAUUUCCCAUGGUUGAAAAUAGUGAAAAUCUCCUUCAAGUGCAAACAGUUUUUCAUCCAGCUGAAAAGAGAGGUGAAUGAAUCCCGGGAGACGCUGCUUGGUUUCAACAUGGUGAAUUAUCGGGCCUGUAAGAACCUGUGGAAGGCAUGCGUGGAGCACCACACCUUCUUCAGGCUGGAACGGCCCAUCCCACCACAGAAGAACUUCUUUGCUCACUACUUCACGUUGGGCUCAAAGUUCAGAUACUGUGGGCGGACAGAGGUUCAGUCAGUGCAGUAUGGCAAAGAGAAAGGCAUUAAGGACAGAGUGUUUGCCAGAUCUCCUAGCAAGCCAUUGGCACGGAAGCUUGUGGGUGGUACUGAUUGGGACUCGGUCAGCCGGAACAGCCUAUCAGAUGAGAGGUUGGAAACACAGAGCCUGCCCACUCGUUCACCACCUGGAACACCCAACCAGAACUCUUUAUUUGUGCAGGAAGGCACACGAUUGCGGCCAUCAUCUGUUGGGCAUCUGGUCGAUCAUGUGAUCCAUGCUUCGCCUAGUCUGCCUGUCUUCUCAUCCAAUCAUAAGUCUGCUUCAUCCACGCAGGCAAACAGCAUCAGCUUGGACUCCACACCGUCUCCAGAGGGGGUGGAUGGACAGCCUCCAGCUCUGCCCCCCAAACAACUUAGUAGAAAAACCUUGAGCCAGAUCAUCCAGGCCCACUCCCAACAGAGCCUGUUGGACAACCACCUCAAUGAGAUGUAUGAUGUUCCAGUCAAUGCUGACAAGACCACGCUAAAUGGAGUUGUCCCUCAUGAUAAUUUGGUUCUGAUCAAGAUGAGACCUGAUGAACACGGACGUUUCGGUUUCAAUGUCAAAGGUGGAGCUGACCAAAAAAUGCCCAUCAUUGUGUCUCGAGUGGCUCCAGGAACAUCGGCUGACCUGUGUGUACCCCGCCUUAACGAGGGAGACCAGGUGGUCUUAAUUAAUGGGCGUGACAUUUCAGACCACACCCAUGACCAGGUGGUCAUGUUCAUAAAGGCCAGCUGUGAGAGUCACUCUGGGGAACUUGUCCUAUUGGUCAGACCUAAUGCCAUCUAUGAUGUAGUGGAGGAGAAGGUGGACUCUGAGCCAGAUUUUCAGUACAUCCCAGAAAAAUCCCCUCAGGACCCCACCCAGCUAGACCAACAUGCUUUGAGGGACUCCAUGGUCACACUGAAAGAAGGCCUGGGCAACGGUGCCAUCCUGGCACAGUUUGAUCAACUGUACAGGAAGAGGCCGGGGAUGACCAUGCUGUGUGCCAAAUUACCUCAGAAUGUUUCCAAAAAUCGCUACCGAGACAUCUCUCCUUAUGAUGCAACGCGUGUCAUUCUGAAGAGUACAGAUGACUACAUCAAUGCAAAUUACAUCAAUAUGGAGAUUCCAGCGUCCAGUCUGAUAAACCGCUACAUAGCAUGCCAGGGCCCACUGCCCAACACCUGUCCUGACUUUUGGCAAAUGACCUGGGAGCAGGGAUCGUCUGUUGUGGUCAUGCUUACAACACAGGUCGAGAGAGGGCGGGUGAAGUGUCACCAGUACUGGCCUAACCCAGACAGCAGCGCCACCUAUGGAGACUUUACUGUAACGUGCCACACUGAAGAGGGUAGCUCUGCCUUCCUGGUCCGGGAGAUCACACUCAUGCACACGCAGAGUGAGCAGCAAAGAGAGCUGACUCAGAUCCAGUAUCUGGCUUGGCCAGACCAUGGCGUUCCCGAUGACUCCACUGAUUUUCUGGACUUUGUGGCUCUUGUACGGACCAAACGGGCAGGGCAGGACCAGCCCAUAGUGGUCCACUGCAGUGCUGGGAUUGGACGAACUGGGGUGCUCAUCACCAUGGAGACUGCGCUGUGUUUAAUGGAGUGUGGUCAGCCAGUGUAUCCUCUAGAUAUUGUCAGGACCAUGAGAGACCAGAGGGCCAUGAUGAUCCAGACACCCAGCCAGUACCGCUUUGUUUGCGAGGCCAUCCUGAGGGUGUAUGAGGAGGGUCUGGUCAAACCACCCAAGACUGCUGCUCUCUACCAGCAGAGGGAUAGAGGAGCGGAGGACAGAGAGGACAAAAAGGAGCAGCACAGAGAAGGAGAACAGGCACCGGAAAAGGAGAGAGAGGAGGCGACUGCUGGGGAUUUACUGGAAGGAGAACUGGAGGAUGAAGAUGACGACGAGGAAGUAGAGGUGCUGGACGUGGGGGAAGUGAUGGAGGAGGAAGAGGAGGAUGAGGAGACAGAGGAGCAGAGCAUUGCCAGCGCCACCAGCGUGACCAGCGAGACCAGCUUGAACCCUGACCCUGCUAACCCAUGACAUUUUGACCAUCGGGUCAUCAGGGGGUCAUGAGACGAGCGAACAAAAGCACUGUUGCACUUUAUGCUGACACAGAGACAAGUGAACAUGAUUGACAAGUGAUGGACUGAACAGUCCAGCUGUGUUGAACAAGUACUGCAAGAGGGUGCUGUGUUCAGAGUAAAGAGAAAAAUAAAGAAUGAUGUGAUGAAAAUGUG